ACACGCUAUUCGAAUGGUGACUCACAACAUCCGGUUUGUACAUACACAUUCGAAUCCAGACUGAAGGAUAAACGAACUAGCAAAUCCUGAGACUCAUCACAUAUGAGUACUGUCAAGCGGGACUCAAGAAUAUCGUGUAAUGUAUUUUCGGAAGACUUAAUGUUCAUCUUUUUCUGUCGAUAUGACGUCAGGAUUGAAUCGUUUUAACCCAACUGUCUCGGUCGACGAAUAUCUUGCUGACAGUCAUGUGUUGUUUUACCUGAGUGAUGCUCUGACCCAACUGCUGGAGCACAAAGUGGAAUACACCCAUUUUGGCGUAAUCAGCUACUUCGCUGAAUAUUUUAGCAGCGUAAAGAAUAGUAACCACAUCCUCUUCCGAGAAUUUAACUACAUCAGGGCCACCCCUCAUAAUAGAGCCUCAUUUAUCAGAGUCUUCUGGAGAUGCUACCGGCAAAUUGGCAAGAGUGGAGACCUUCUGUCCAUUUUGGAGUACUGCUCUCUGCUCCAGUUGUUAUGUCCAGACUUCCCAGUGGAGGUAGUAAAGAGUGCAGCCAGCAUUGUUUUGAUGGAUGGUGGCUCCGAUUCCUUGAUGUCUUUCUCGGACUUCCUGUAUGCCUUCCAGUUGAAAUUCUACUACCAAGAAUUCCUGGAUAGCGUGUUGCUGAUCUACCAGGAUCUGUUAGCUGGGAAAAGUCCAAACACAGUUAUUGUUCCAACAUCAACUUCUGACGAACCACUUUCUUGCUUGACUACAGAAGGAAAUAACAAAAAACAGGACUUAGAGGUCGACGCUUCCAUUCUGGCUGGGUGUAUAGAUGCACUCUGUGACCGCAUCAAAAACAGCCACCCUCCCAGGUCCUGCUUACAAGAAGCACUGGAAGAGACUGCCAAGUUGUCAUACUCCAGUUUACUGAGGAGCCUGGCUAAGCAUGAAACCAUAAACCAAAUGAUUGGAGCCUUACCGUGUAAAACCGAGGUACUGAAUGACCCAGAGAUGGACCAGGAACUUGACAAACUCAUCGCCCAAAUCUCAGUCAGCCCCAGCAGCAACAGUAGUAGUAGUGCGGUGGGGAUGCUGAAGGAGGUGCAGAGAAAGGCCUCACCUAGAAGGAACAUCCACCACAGGAGGAAGAUGGAGGUGGAGAGUGACGGCUCCACAGAGGAGACGGACUCUUCUGAAAACUGAGCCUUCACCAUCCAUGCUCUCGGUUAUAAUACAAUUUUUUUUCUUGCCUGUGUCACACUACUGUCAUUCACAUCUGAGUAGUUUAGUAGCAUGAAAAUACUUUAACCUCUAAUGUAAGAAAGUACGUAUAACAAAAAGACCUCACUGUACAAUUUUAGCGUAUUGUUAAGCUUAUUUUAGAACUUGGUGACUGAAAGUUUAUAACCUAGCUGUCCUUUAACUGUACACUCAACUAUGCUCUAUAUUUUAUUGGAAUGGGGGUAUUAGACUGAUAGAUACGAUAAAGCUAUUAAAGAUGUAAUUGUUUCUGACUAUUUCUGAUAACUACAAAAAUGAUUACAGCAUUGACUUACAAUAGCUGUCAUGGCAAAAGGUGACAAAAGUGUUGACACAGGCUACUUAAGACUGGUAAAAAUCUAGGUUCUUACUGGUUUAAUUUCUGUUGGUGCAACUUUUGGCUUAUCCCAUCAAGGGUUGUCACUCGCGUGAUUUAUUUGGCACGUUUUGCAUGUCCUUUCUGAAGCAACCCACCCGUUUUGCCAUUGUCCAGCACAUAUAAUUGACUGCAUGAUUCAAAUAUAGUACUCAAAUUUAAAAAAAAAAAAAAAAGAAGAAUCAAGCGUAGUAGAGUUAAUUUAGUCAUUUUAGUCCGACCGCGGAACCAGCGUGGCACGGACAUUUUUUGUGACAGCCCCCGCUGACACUUAGAAAAUAUUCCAACAUUUGGAAUGAGUGACGAUCAUGUUCAGUUGUGUUUGACACUGUUGGACCUACUAAUUAUUCGGUAUCAGGUAUUAAAUAUUUAAAUUCACUAUAGUGAACUAGGUGUACAACUGCACUAUGUCAACAGCUGUUACUAAAAUAGGUAGACAAAUGUUAUCAAGCCAAAUGUAUUUAGGCGGUACAGUAUUGUCUUUGUAGAGACAUGUCUAAAAAAAACAGGUCUUGUAUUGAUCGGAUCUUAUUAGCAUGUGCAAGGAGUUAUAAUGUUGUGGCCAGUUGGUACACGCAAUGUCAUACACGUCUCAUUCCUGCUUUCUUGAAUGUGUUUUAUUGACAGGAAUAACCAAUUAACCAUCAUCAUCGGCACUAGUCUGUGCAUAAUUCAACAUCAAUAUCAUGCAGUGUUUCACCCAUGGUUUGGUCAAACUUCCAGUAUAGAAUAAUAACUUCUAUACAAACAUACACUCUCCAUGUAUUUGGAUAAUUAUGUACAGUUGAUCCCUUUAACUGAAGAGAUGAAGUAAGACGUUCAAGGGGACAAAACAAUCUCCACUGAAGCUGGGCUAUCUGGCAUGGAAAUAAUCAAAAGCUUCCCCAUUAAAGUUUGGAAUUGAU